AUGGUUAAAGAUACUAAAUUUUAUGAUCUUUUGGGAGUUUCUCCUUCUGCUUCAGACACCGAGUUGAAGAAGGCGUACAGAAAAGCUGCAUUAAAGUACCACCCAGAUAAGAAUCCUUCACCAGAAGCCGCGGAAAAAUUCAAGGAGCUUUCCAGCGCGUAUGAAGUUCUUUCCGAUGACCAAAAGAGAGACAUCUACGAUCAGUAUGGUGAAGAAGGAUUAUCAGGAGCUGGUGGUCCAGGUGGUAUGGGAGCAGAUGAUAUUUUCUCACAAUUUUUCGGUGGCGGAUUUGGUGGUAUGGGAGGUCAACAACCUCGUGGACCUCAAAGAGGUAAGGAUAUCAAGCAUUCCAUUUCUUGUACUUUGGAAGAACUCUACAAGGGUAGAACUGCCAAGUUAGCAUUAAAUAAGACCAUUCUCUGUAAGACAUGUGAAGGUCGUGGUGGUAAGGAAGGUAAGAUCAAGAAAUGUACCACUUGUAACGGUAGUGGUUUCAAAUUUGUUACCAGACAAAUGGGUCCAAUGAUACAGAGAUUCCAAACCACUUGUGACGUUUGUCAAGGUUCUGGAGAUAUCUGUGAUCCAAAGGAUCGUUGUCAAGACUGUAAGGGUAAGAAGACUCAAUCUGAACGUAAGAUUUUACAAGUCAACAUUGAUCCAGGUAUGAAGGAUGGCCAAAGAAUCGUCUUUGCAGGAGAAGGUGACCAAGAACCAGGUAUUGUUCCAGGGGAUGUUGUUUUCGUCGUUGACGAAAAGCCACAUGAAAAGUUCACCAGAAAGGCCAACGACUUAUACUACGAGGCAGAAAUUGAUUUAUUAACUUCUUUGGCUGGUGGUGAAGUUGCCUUCAAGCACGUUUCAGGUGAUUACAUCAAGUUCACCAUCUUCCCAGGUGAAGUUAUUUCUCCAGAUAGCGUCAAGGUUGUAGAGAACCAAGGUAUGCCAAUCUACAGACAAGGUGGUAGAGGUAACUUAUUCAUCAAGUUUACCGUUAAAUUCCCAUCCAAGGGCUUCGCCUCGGAAGAAAAAUUGAAAUUGUUGGAAGACGUGUUACCAGCAAGAGCUAAGGUUACAGUUCCAAAGGGAGCUGAAGUUGAUGACUGUGAUUUAGUCGAUGUCGACCCAAUCAAGCACAAGGCCAAUAAUAGACGUGAUGCUUACGAUUCUGACGAUGAAGAAGGUGGUGGUCAACCAGGUGUUCAAUGUGCAUCUCAAUAG